CAUUUUUUUCGAGACUUUCAUCCGGCAACGGACGGGGUUUUUUUUUUCUUAAAGGAGAAGUGGCAACCCAAAUAAUUUACCCCUUCUCCCCUCGAGAGCUGGCGGUGCUAGGGACAGGAAGGACAGAGCAGGAAGGUGGGGGUCCGGGUGGAGGCGGGAUACCGUCCAGGCCACUUCUUAGGCCAGUCAGACCCCUCGAGGGAGCCGCGGCGCCUCGGGGAGGCAGGUGCGCGCGCAGCCGGCGGGGGGUUCGCGCGAGGCUGGGAAAGGUGUGUUUUGUCCCUCUCGCCGGGCUAGCCCGCCCCGGCCCGCCCACUGCCCCUAGCUUGAGCUGAACUCCUCAAGGGGGGGGGGGAGAAAAAAGGUCACUUUGCGGUUGUCGCGAGACGCAGCCGUUUAACGGUGAGAACGGGUGCGCGGGGAAGGAAACCUCGCGCUCUCCCUCGGAGCCGUUUCCUGAUUGGUUGACGGGAGGGGCGGGGGCGGGCUCUGGGCGCGCGGCUGCGUGUGAGGCCGCGAGAGGCGGGGCCGGGGAGCCGGCCCUCGUCCCCCAUUGGCCCGCUGCGCGUCCGUACGGGCGCGCGCUUGCGCGCCUCCGGCCGUCGCGGGCUUGAGUGGCAGGGGGCGGGGGGGGGCCGCGCUCGGAGCGGGCGGAGGGGCGGGGGGGGGAAGAGAGGCGCUCCGGAGUGAGGGAGCCGGACGCUCCGGGAGCCGAGGGGGGCGGGGGGAGCCGCGCCGCGGGCGCCGCCGCCUCCACCGCCCGGGACGCAGGGGUGGGGGACGGACGAGCCCCGAUGCCGGGGGAGACGGAGGAGCCGCGAUCCCCGGAGCAGCAGGACCAGGAAGGGGGCCAGUCAGCGGCGGCCGACGCGGCUUCGGACGAGCCCCGGCCCGGCGUGGCGGCGGCGGCGGCUGCGGCGGCGGUGGCGGCGGCGCCUGCGGGGACCGCGAGCAGCCGCGUGCUGAGGGGAGGUCGGGACCGAGGCCGGGCCGCUGCGGCCGCCGCCGCCGCUGUGUCCCGCCGGAGGAAGGCCGAGUACCCCCGCCGGCGCAGGAGCAGCCCCAGCCACAGGCCUCCCGACGCCCUCGGGCAGCAGCCCGCGGCCGCGAAGCCCCCGUCUCCUGCUCAGGGCAAGAAGAGUCCGCGACUCCAGUGUGUAGAAAAAAUAACAACUGAUAAAGAUCCCAAGGAAGAAAAAGAAGAUGAUUCUGUCCUCCCUCAGGAAGUUUCCAUUACUACAACUAGACCUAGCCGGGGCUGGCGCAGUAGUAGCAGGACAUCUAUCUCUCGCCUUCGAGACACUGAGAACACUCGGAGCUCCAGGUCCAAGACUGGCUCGUUGCAACUCGUCUGCAAGUCAGAACCAAUUACAGAUCAACUUGAUUAUGACGUUCCAGAAGAACAUCAGUCUCCCGGUGGCAUUAGUAGUGAUGAGGAAGAGGAGGAGGAAGAAGAAAUGUUAAUCAGUGAAGAGGAAAUACCGUUCAAAGAUGACCCAAGAGAUGAGACUUACAAGCCCCACCUUGAAAGGGAAACCCCAAAGCCACGGAGAAAAUCAGGGAAGGUGAAAGAAGAGAAAGAAAAGAAAGAAAUUAAAGUGGAAGUAGAAGUAGAGGUUAAAGAAGAGAAUGAAAUUAGGGAAGAUGAGGAGCCUCCUAGGAAGAGAGGGAGAAGGCGGAAAGAUGACAAAAGUCCACGUUUACCCAAAAGGAGGAAAAAACCUCCAAUCCAGUAUGUGCGUUGUGAGAUGGAAGGAUGUGGGACUGUUCUUGCUCACCCUCGCUAUUUGCAGCACCACAUUAAGUACCAGCAUUUGCUGAAAAAAAAAUAUGUAUGUCCCCAUCCCUCCUGUGGACGACUCUUCAGGCUCCAGAAACAACUUUUGCGGCAUGCUAAACAUCAUACAGAUCAGAGGGAUUAUAUCUGUGAAUAUUGUGCUCGGGCCUUCAAGAGUUCCCACAAUCUGGCAGUACACCGGAUGAUUCAUACGGGCGAGAAGCCAUUACAAUGCGAGAUCUGUGGAUUUACUUGUCGACAAAAGGCAUCCCUUAAUUGGCACAUGAAGAAACAUGAUGCAGACUCCUUCUACCAGUUUUCUUGCAAUAUCUGUGGCAAAAAAUUUGAGAAGAAGGACAGUGUAGUGGCACACAAAGCAAAAAGCCACCCUGAGGUGCUGAUUGCAGAAGCUUUGGCAGCCAAUGCAGGCGCCCUCAUCACCAGCACAGAUAUCUUGGGCACUAACCCAGAGCCCCUGACACAACCUGCAGAUGCUCAGGGGCUUCCUCUUCUUCCUGAGCCCUUGGGAAACUCAACAUCUGGAGAGUGCCUACUGCUAGAAGCUGAAGGGAUGUCAAAAUCAUACUGCAGUGGGACAGAACGGGUGAGCCUUAUGGCUGACGGGAAGAUCUUUGUAGGAAGUGGCAGCAGUGGGGGCACUGAAGGGCUGGUCAUGAACUCGGAUAUACUCGGUGCUACCACAGAGGUUCUCAUUGAAGAUACAGACUCCACUGGGCCCUAGUGCAAAGGAAGACUUUGGGCGCUGGGACAGUACAGACUUUGUAUUUAAAAGAUAAAAAGGACAAAAAAAAUUUAAAGCAUUUAAAAAUCUAGUAAAAUAACUGAAGGGCCUGCUCUUUGCAUUGUGGAUCACAGCACAUACACAGACAUCAUCCCUUUUUCCUGAACUCCCCUCCCUCAUCCUUAAAACAUUGAUGUUGCCUUUACCAGAAAGGUUGAUGAAAAAGCAGUAGCAUACUUGGUUCCAGCCAACAACAGGCUUCCUGCUCAUUGGCAGAUCUCCUUUUCCCAACCUAUAACUGAUGUGCUCUGGAUCAGCUUUUAACUCAUAAUAGUAUAUUACUAUCAUCUAAAUCUGUUUUCUUCUACUACUACCCUAUGGCUCUGGCUUCUCCCCACUGCAACAACCAACACUUACCCUCAAAUAUUAUAUAAUUCUAUUUUCUGGAGGCUGGCAGCUUGACUUGGCACUUUAGGGCCCCUUAGCAGGAUGCUGUUAAACAGCAUGCAUCUCUUCACCCCUUUUCUUCCAUUACUCACUAGGUUUGGAGAAGGAAGAAUACAUGGGGACCACCUUCCUCCCCUUCAAUGGAUCCCAGCACCUCAGUCCCCCCUCCCAAACCUCCAUAUGGCUCUUAAUGGUGCUCACUUGCUUGGAAGCAGGCUCCCAAGAGAAAGGGGACUGCCCUCUGUACAGUCUUUCUGGCUGUAGUACAGGGCUCUAUAUUAGUGAGAAAAGUCCCAGGCUAAUGGCAGAAAUUUGCACUUUGAACAUGUGUGUUUUUGUGUUGUGGAACCUGAGAUUUCUUAUUUAUUAAUGGAAAGUCUGAUUUUUUUUUGGGGGGGGAGGGUCUUUGUUGCUAUGUUUUGUGGGGCUGGGAGAGUAGAUUAUUCUGACAUGGGAUCCUUCCUACAAGAGGUACUUUGAAGGCAAGGCUUAUAGUUAAAGAAGCACAGCCAGCCUCUAAAAUCAUAGUUCUCCAGUGGCCUUUAAAGAAAGCUGGUCCUCAGCACUUAACAGAAUCACUACAGUAGCCUAGUGCUUUUUGGAAGCCUUAGGGAAGGGUGAUAGGUUUGUGGUAACUAGUGUGCUCUUUGAGGUUUUAAGAGCAUUGAGAUACAAGAAAUUUUGAGGGGAUGAGGAAUGUUGGUCAAGGUCUGAAUCACACAUAAAAGAUUUUCUUCUGUGAAUUUAUCUUCUUUUUGUCCCCAGCAUUUCUUUGCAUAUAUAUAUCUCUGCUGGCCUAACUGUGACCCCUUGUUUUGAUUUUGGUUUUUGUUUUGUCAUUGGUCAUUCCAACUCUACAUUAGUGGAAGACCAAACCCUGUCAUUCAUGAAGGAACAAAAUCUAAGAGUCCUUGAGUUUUUGUAAGAGUAAACUGUUCUGUCUUUUUUCCUCUUCAGAAGAGACAAAGCUUCAGUAGACAAAAACAAAAGUGAAAAUCCGUAUGAUGAUGUUUUUGGCUUUCCCCUGAAUUACCUGUUUUCCUCAGAGUAGGGAUUUUUAAUGCAUUGUGGACUGUUUAUUAUUGUCAAUGGGAGAUGCAGAUCGUGGUUUUACAUGCUUACCUCUCAGAAGACUAAAACCCUGAUUCACCUCUUUUUUUCUUUUUUUUUUUUUUUUAUUAUUAUUAGUAGUGUACUUCAGAAUCUGCCACUGAAGACCUGGCCAAUUGUUGUCAGGAAUACAUGAUGACUGUUGGGAAAAAUAAGAGUCUGACUGAGAACAAAACAGGGAAAGGCUUGUUUUUCACAAACACUAAAACUGUAGAGUUUAUCAAAUUUUCUCUGCUUAAUUAUUUUUCCCCAAAAGGAGAGUACGAAAUGUCAUCUCUGAAAGACGCUUACUGUACACCCACCUAUGUCAGUGGUUGGGAUUCCAGGGAGGAGGGAGGAAUACACCUACAGGAACAAUGUUAAACACAUUAUUGUUUCCGCUAGAGUGUUGCAGACUUCCAUCCCUCUCGUGAGAGGGCAGAGAAGGCAUUGAAGACAGGCUUUCCUGCCCCACAGACUUUGCAGUUGAUUUUGGUACAUUGGGUAAAUUUGAAAAUACUGUAAGAGUAAAUAUAAAUGGGUCUGCAACCAAGUUGCUCCUCUUGAUACUGUUUCUCUAGCUAAUAUCUGUCGUUUUUCAUAUUUAGGCUGUCUCCAUGAAUUUCACUUAGAGUGGUUACUCAUCAGCCACCCACAGGAAAGCAAACUAUAUUGUAAACAUCUCUUCUUUCUGGGAUGGGGAAAAAUACCUUUUCUGUACCUCAUUCCCAUCACCAUGAAAGCAACUAGUUCUAAUAAUUAGAAACUUCUUGUCCUGUCGUUGGGGUGCAGUGGAGUGUACAGGGGCUGGGCCUUCUUCAUAGCUACCAUUUGCUGACAAUAAAUUAUUAUAGCAGUUUGCAAGAAAUGUUAAGAUAUUUUUCAUGACCUUUAUUUUUUUCUUUUGAGAACAAAUACUAGCAUAGUGAAAGUCUAUAUGAGCAAACUAAGCCCCAUUCUCAUUUUCUUUUUUUCCUGUGACACUCAUUUAGUUAUCCUUCUAAGGAGUCCUUUUAAUCUUGAAAAACAAUAUUUUAUACUCAUCUUGUUAUCUUUUAAAUAACUAGUCAUCCAUCCAUCUUCAAUUGGCAGUUCUAAAUUUUAUGGAUAAUAGUUGUGAUAAGUACUCAGAAUUUUGGGGGACUUAUGCGACCUCUUUGCUUGGGUUGCUAUAGUGUUUUGCUUAAUUAGAUAGACCUUAAUGCAUUUUACAGGGUUUAGUCAGACACUGGCUGGGAGUCCUGGGUAUGAGCAAAGAAAACAUAAGUGUAGAGCACUUGGACCUCCCUUGUACAUGUUUGGAGGAAGAGCAUAUACUAUACCACCAACCUAAGUGAAGUCUUACAGCCUUGCUGCAGGACCAGUUUCCCUCCUGUCUUUCUAUCAAUUUUCCAGUAUACUCAAGAAAACCGGAACAUCGUCAAGGGGCAAUUAUAUUUCCUAAAAACUUUUUUUGCCUGUUGAAAUGUGCAGGACCCUUUUCCUGUGAUGAGAGAUAGGUGGUUACUUGAUCUAGGUUUAAAAGUUAUGUAAAAAAAAUUAUAAUAAAAGGGAUACUUUGCUUUUAAAAUCUUGUUUCCUCUUAAUCUAGGUAAUCAUAUUCAAAAUAAAUAUGUAAAGAGAAAAAUAAAAGUCUUCCUGGAA